AUGGAGCAACGAGUCCCAACUUAUACUUCGAGCCCAUAUAAUUACAUGGAGAACUACCCCGAACCCUUUGACCGCGGUACAUUAGUCCAUCAAUCAAUAGGUGUUCCAAUGGAAUUCAUGGAUCUAUUGGCGCUUGAGGCACCUUGUGGUAGUCCACUGUCGACAAGCUCUACCAUAAGUCACCCUGAGAGCGUGCCUUCACCGCCUUACACCGGCCUCCCAGCUUUCCACCAUGUUCAAAACAAUUCAACCAACCAUGUGGCUGUCUCAAAUGAUUCUGAGUCUCUCUGGCCAUCUACCUACCCUGAAGUCACCUCCUGGGAUUCACGACCUUAUGUUCUGCCCUAUCACGAAAUCCUCAGCUACGAACAGCGCUCUUACCAACUGAUGCCGAAUAUUUUGCCUGAACCAAGAGUCCCUGCACUCACAACCUACUCGCAAUACUCUAUGCCACAGAAGGAUUCCCUGAAUCCAGCUGUGAACUCUGGAGCUUUCGAUCUCACAGGUUUCAACAACAGCGGCGAUGAAAGCGAUGACCUGAGCGAUUCCGAUAGCGAUGCUUCAUGGCAUAACGAACCCCCUUCAUCCAAAGGCUCAGAAAGCUGGUCUUCCAGAAGAGCUCAGCCCAUAUCCAAUGUCUACAGGCUUGAGGGGUGGUCCACCAACACGUGUACCUUCCACACAACAACCGAUCGCAGGCAUCAGUGCGAACAAUUAAUCGGGCCCAACAAAGACACGCCUUGCCCCAAGAAAUUCCAACGACCAGAGCAUCUUCGCCGUCACAUCAGAAGUGUUCAUGGCAUUGGCCUCAUCCACGUGUACAAAUGCAAGGUUCCUGAUUGCUUUGCGCGCUUCCGAAGGAGUGACAACUUCCGCUCGCAUUAUCUCACACAUUUGAGGGUUGGGAAGAGAAAGGGCAACAAUAGGAAGAUGACAUUCCAGGAACUCAAAGGAAUCCUUGGUCCUAAAGAAAAAGAUCUGCUAAGAUGGAUCAAGGUGAAGCACAGGCAAACCUAAGCUAAGUCUUGGAUCGGUGUCGUCUGUUCUAGAGCACUCGACAGCAUGUGGAUGUAACUCAUUUCGGUUUGUCUUUCUGGUCUUUUGAUGUUUCUGGUG